AUGGCCGCGCGCCCCGGGCCGCUCUGGCUCCUCGGGCUGGCGCUGUGCGCGCUGAGCGGCGGCGGCCCCGGCCUGCGCCCCGCGCCCGGCUGUUCGCAGCGCCGCCUGGGCCCGCGCGAGCGCCGCGACCUGCAGCGCGAGAUCCUGGCGGUGCUCGGACUGCCGGGGCGACCACGGCCCCGCGCGCCGCCCGCCGCUGUCCGGCUGCCCGCGUCCGCGCCGCUCUUCAUGCUGGACCUCUACCACGCCAUGGCCGGCGACGACGACGAGGACGGCGGCCCCCGCGAGCGGCGCCUUGGCCGCACGGACCUGGUCAUGAGCUUCGUCAACAUGGUGGAGCUCGACCGCACCCUGGGCCACCAGGAGCCCCACUGGAAGGAGUUCCGCUUUGACCUGACCCAGAUCCCAGCAGGGGAGGCGGUCACAGCUGCUGAGUUCCGGAUUUACAAGCUGCCCAGCACCCACUUACUCAACAGGACCCUCCUCGUCAGCAUGUUCGAGGUGGUCAGGGAGCGGGCCAACAGGGAGUCUGACUUGUUCUUUUUGGAUCUUCAGACGCUCCAAGCCGGGGACGAGGGCUGGCUGGUGUUGGAUGUGACAGCAGCCAGUGACGGCUGGUUGCUGAACCGUAACAAGGACCUGGGACUCCGCCUCUAUGUGGAAACGGAGGAUGGGCACAGUGUGGAUCCUGGCCUGGCCGGUCUGCUGGGGCAACGGGCACCACGCUCCAAACAGCCUUUCAUGGUCACGUUUUUCAGGGCGAGCCCCAGCCCUGUCCGAGCCCCUCGGGCAGUGAGGCCCCUGAGGAAGAGGCUGCCAAAAAAAACCAACGAGCUGCCGCAGCUGAACAAGCUCCCAGGGAUCUUUGAUGACACCCACGGCUCCCACGGCCGGCAGGUUUGCCGUCGGCACGAGCUCUAUGUCAGCUUCCAGGACCUCGGCUGGCUGGAUUGGGUCAUCGCCCCCCAAGGCUACUCCGCCUAUUACUGUGAGGGGGAGUGCUCCUUCCCACUGGACUCCUGCAUGAACGCCACCAACCACGCCAUCCUGCAGUCCCUGGUGCACCUGAUGAAGCCAGACGCAGUCCCCAAGGCAUGCUGCGCGCCCACCAAGCUGAGCGCCACCUCCGUGCUCUACUAUGACAGCAGCAACAACGUCAUCCUGCGCAAGCACCGCAAUAUGGUGGUCAAGGCCUGCGGCUGCCACUGAGGCCCUGCCCUUGAGAUGUUGCAGUGCCUCCGCCUGGCUCAGGCCCCUCUCCAGGCUCAAGAGACCCUCAGAUGCCAUCACGGUUCUGGCGCGGCUGCUGGGGGUACCUCAUCCCUUUGCCCAUGUCCAGCUAGGGUCUGGUCCUGUACAGGCUCCUCUGCCUCUCCCCUGGGACUGCGGCUUGUCCCACUCCACCCUGUAGAGCCUGCUGCACACAGCAGCCCCGGUGUGCUGACUGCCUAUCUUAGGACCUGUCCCUGGCCAUCCUGGCCCACACUGCGGCCGCUAUGGAAAGGUCUGAGUUGCUUCUGGAGCGUAAGUGUGGCUGGCUGGGCUCUGCAUCGCUCACCACAGGGUUUGGGUGUGGGAGCAGGGUCUGCCCUUUCCCAGAGCAACCCUGCAUUUCUGGGGCGUAGCUAGACACGUGCACGCCCUCAGUGCAGUGUAUUACUGGGUUCCUAACUUGGCUCACUGCCAGUUAGAACAUUAGCAAAAGAACAAGCUGGAUGGGCCUCAUGCUCUGGGCCUUCCCUUCUUCUGCCUGGGGAAGGGGUGUGACCCCCAGAGAAGCAAAGAGCCUUGGGGCCUUCCAGUUCCCGUGCGUCUCCACGUGGGGCUCAGCAUUGAGACAGAAGCAAGGACCACUUAUGCAGUGAGUGGUCCUGGCAGACCCAGCAUAGAUGCCACACCACCUACACCCUUGCCCAUGGCCAUGAGCAAUCAACCUGGGCACUUUUUCCACUGAACCUGGACAGGGUCUCAAGACACUAACACAAAACUUUAGACAGCCAGCAGCCAUUCAGAGGUGAACUGAACUGGUUUCCUGCUCCUGCCAUGCUAAGGAGCAGUCUAUUCCUCCCAGAGCACGGUGCCUGGGCCGCCUCUGGCCAGGCGUGGGGAGAGGGUCAGCGUCUACUAGAGUCUAGGAGGUAAGAGCAGGCUGUCAUCCUGUGCCCAGGAGCCCCAUCCUGUUUCUUGGGGCCUCUGAGCCAAAGAAAAGGCCCCUGUCCCAGGGGAGUGACAGGCGGUAAUUAGGCUGAGCUGGGUGGGGAAGUUCCCGGAAACCACUGUUCUCCUUGGAGCAGCAGAGGCAGUUGGAGUGUUUAUUUGAUUUCUGACUUGCUAAGCCUAUAAUUUACCUGCUGGAGCAGACAGAGUCCAGCUGCCUGAACCCUGAAAUACUGUGUCGUUAAUAGCAGAUCCUGGGCCUGCCCCAACCCACAGGCACAGCCCAGAGGCAGAAUGACCCCUGUGCCCAAGGACACGCAUCCCUGGAACUCACUCUGCACCCUGAGCACAAGCUCCCGGAGAGCAGGUCUGGAGCUGGGGUGGAGGCUGGGGUCAUGCUGCGGGCCAGGAGUCCCCCCACCUGGACCUGGGAGGGACUCGAGGAGAGAGUACAGAGGAAGAGACCUCCCCAAGGACACAGGGGGCUGGUCCAGACUAUCUUGAAGGACGUAGUAAGUUCCCCAUCAGUGUAGGGAUCUAAGCUCUGGCCUCAAUGUUAAGACACCUAAUAGGUGGCUUCCUUCUCUGGGCCUAAUUUCCCAUCUUUAAGAUGAAGGUGAGGAAUUUUCUGAUCUCCAAAAGGCUUUCAGCCAGGGAAUCUGUGUCUGCUGACCCUUUCUCACACUGAGCCCAGAUACAGCCUCAUAACCCUGAACACAGAGCUCAGGUGGCUGUCAAGAUUGAGUCAUGAAUCAGGUGGCCAUCACAAAUUGGCACGUAACAUGGAACCUGUUUGCCAUUCUAGUACUUACCUAACAGAUCUCUUCCCAACAUCAAGGAUUGUCUUUUAGGUAACUAUAAAUUUAAAAUUAGCCAUUUUUUUGACAACUAAGUUUUUUAUUUCCCCUGGUAUCUCAAGUACCCAGUCAAUGGCCUGGCGUAGGGAGGGGUACACCAGGAAUGUCUGUCAAAUUACCCAAAGGUUUGUAGAUACUGAGUACACCUUCCUUAUCAAUCUACACACAGUAGGAAUGGAAUUGCAAUCCUCCUUUUUCCUGAAGAACAAUUGAAAAACUCAUUGCUUACCUACCUGGCCAUCAGCAACUUCUGAGAUCUAGUCACUAAAUUAAAUCAAAUAAAAAAAAGCCCUGAGCAGUGAAACUAUUGUGGACACAAAGCCCAUGUGUUUUAUUCCAUGAGUUAUCUAUUUGCUGAGCCAAACAUGGCAGCAGCAAUGGGUGGCCCAGCCUGGCUGCUACGCAGCACAGAUGCCACCAUUUCCCUUUCUUUUGCUCAGGACGUGGCUUGGUUAUCUGGUCACACCAGACCAGAAGGAUAAAUAAGGGUGGUCAGACCCACUGACAACAAUGAGAAAUCAAUGACAGUUGACAGGGAGGACACGGGUAAACAGGCUAAGGAGAAAUGCACAAUAGACUUGGUAUUUACAGUUGAAUCCUGGCCUUGAGACCAAGUUGUCAGAAUGAUAGUGUUCAUUGUGAUCUACGGUGUAGGGAAACAUGUUCUAGAAAAAUCUCUAAUAAAUAAAUAGGAAAGAGGCAGCCGAGGAAGGGUACAGAUUUUUGGAGCCAAAUGGAUUUGAAUCUUGGUUCUUCCUCCUCAGUAGAGCAGGAUAUUGGUUCUUCCUUCCAAGCUAUUAUAAAGAUCAGAUAUGUGCAUAACCAUUUAGGACAAUGUCUGGCUUAUAAAUGCUUAACUGGUUUCUGGUGCCUGCUCAUAUAAUUACAAAUGAAUUUGCAAAUUUUGAGCCCCUUCCAUGCUUGUCCUCUAAACCUCCUCCUGGAAUGUGUUUUGUGGGUGAUGGUUAUUUAUUUCAGAGCUGUGCUUUUCUGUAAAAUAUUUACACACUGCAAACCUUUGAGGGCAGGACUUGAAUUCUCCAGUGCUCGAAGGGCCUGAGGCAAGUGCCCAGUUUUGCCCACAGUGGUCAGGGUCCUGAAACUUUGCUGUGUUCCAGAAACACGGGGGUCUCACUGUCCUGUUGAGGGCAUUCAGCACCCACCAAGUGCCGCUUUCAGCAGUUUCAACAAGGGGUUGUCUGUCACAGGUUUUCCUACUUAAGGAAAAGACCAUGUGCAAGCCCUUGACCCACUUCUUUUAAAUGUGUUUUUCGUUUACUACAAAAAUAAUGCAAGUUUGGAGGAAAAGUUAAAAAAAAAAAUAUAUAUAUAUAUAUAAAUAAUACAAUUCAAAUCACCAUAGUCCUAUAAUUCAGAUAAACACACUAUUGAUAUUUGUGAAUUUAUUUCAUUUUUUUCAUAGGAUAUACAUAUAUAGAUGUUUACAUAUUAUAGAUAAGUAUUUUAACAAAAUUGGUAUCAUACUGUACUAUAUAAAGUGCUUGAGAUAUGCUUUGCCACUUUAUUAGUGAAAAUUUCCCUGUUAAUAAAUAUUUUUUAAAAACAUGCCCUUGAGUUUUCUAUCACCUGAACUCUACAAGACUCAGUUUUCACCAUUAAAAAUCAGGUCCCACAAUCCCUUCCUCAGAGGGUUGUGGGGAGGCUGCCAUGACUCUGACGAAUGUCUUGUGCCAGCAGCGUCUGGAGGCAGAAGUGCGGUUAGAGAGGAAACUCCAGGACUGAUCCUGGGGCCACAACCCCAGGUCUCUUCCUUCGUGCAGCCAUCAGAGCAGCACAUGGACGGGGCUCAGCCCUAAAGGAGGUAGUGAGGGAAUAAAUCGGCAAAACCGAGCCCCAUGUCCUCAGUCCUGGUGCGGGAACAACGAGAACGUGGACAAGGAGGCCGCCUUAGACAGGAGCCACGCAGGCCCAGGAAAGCAGCUUUGCCCUUCAGGUUGCAGCAAAGGCCCCACAGCGCCCCAGGGGUUCACUUCCCACAGAGCCCUUCUGAGUGAGGGGGGUUGGUGUGCUGAGUAGCUGAACUAGGCGGCUAGGUUACUGCUCCCCAAGCUCUGGGGCCUUUCUCCUGUCUGGAAGAGUCGGGCCCCAUCUCCUCGAGUUGCCCCACAAGGGUCCAGACCAAUCAUGGGGACCAUGAUUAUGUUCCCCCCAGAGCCUUGGGCCUCCCUGCUGUGGACUGAGCCUAGAGCAGCCCAGUAAAAUUCCCAGCACUCUAUUAUGAUGGGGUGGGGGAGGACGGGGAGAUUGGGCCAAGCUUCUUGUCCCAGCUCUGCCACAUUGUCCUGGGUGACCUUUGCAAUCAUGUCCCCUGAGCCUUGGUUUACCUCUGUACAGGGUUCUGGUGUGGACACAGUGACAGAACACCCAUGGACACCCCGGCAGAGCCUUGGGAGGGGCAGCAGGCCUCUUCUGCCUGCUGGUUCAUCCGGAUCUCAACUGAAGAUGAAAAAGCCCAGCCCAGUGGCUUCUGAAUGGCUUGAGCAACCCAACCCACAGGGAGGGAGGUGCCCAGUGGCUACAGGGCUGUUCCUGCUCAGAACCUUCUGCAAGUGAAGGAUCUUUAAAGCCACCUGGCCAACCAGAACAUGGAGCGGGAGUGGAGAAGCCAGCCCGCCUUGAGCUCCAAGCAGAGACUGCACACAGUAGGACCAGACUGUGAACUUAGUAUGGGGUGGGACCAUUUGUCUCAUUCAGGGGUCAGCAAACUUUCUGUAAAGAUUCAGGUAGUAAAUAUUUUGGGGAUUUAUUGGUUAAUUUUAUGUAUAAACUUGGCUAGGCCAUGGUGUCCAGUUUUUAGUCAAACACCAGUCCAGAUGUUGCUGUGAAGGUAU